ACUGAAUGCAGCCAACUAGGUGAGGCCUUCGAGGCGCUGAUCAAUGAGAUGCAGCAGCGUUUAUCUCUGAGCUCAGAUGACGAUGACGCCCUAAAAAUGAAUGAUUCAGGUGCCAACUUGCCAGACUUAUCAAGGAAUCGAAACUCCUAUAUCGCUCUCUCACCACCUGGCAGUCGUGGCCUAACCUAUAAGUUUGCUGAACCAACCAGGUCCGAGUCCCCAAAUGUCGACGAAAUUGGCUCCGUAAUGCACAAAGCAUCUACUUCUAUGCAUAAGAGACAAGCCGAAGUUAAUGACGAUGUGGUGCCUCACAGUCAUGCCGGGCUGGGCGCACGACUAACUCCUGAGGCGAAGCCUGAUGACGUGGAUGCUUGGCUGCGAAGAAGAGGCUUCUCUAGCGAGUAUGAUCAUCUUAUUUACUUCUUCUCCUCUAUCCUUUUUGAGCCAUUUUAUUUAUAUUCCAGUAUAUAA